AUGACCAUCCUCGCAUUUUUUAAAAAGCAUCAGUCGCUUAAAAAACACGGAGUGAAUGUUUUAUUUGUUUUUAUAUUCGCUGCCAUCAUAAUUAUCUCCGUACUGAGCACUGUACUUCCAUCGCGGAAAUCCAAGCAAACAAACGAAGCCAACACCAACUCAGAAAGCGCCACCAACUUUAGUAGUAUCGGUAGUAGCAGCGAGAAAAGUGUCGAAAAAAGUGGCGAUUUGAGCUCCAUAUAUGGUCCCACCGGUACAGCAGCCAGCAUUAUUGCCUCAAAUAGCAUCGGCAGUUCACUUAAAUCCACCUAUGUGCCCAUUAUUAGCACAUCGCCAACGACCGAGGUCGUGAAUGUCAAUACUGGGCUGAUAAACGCAAAUACGUAUCUUUCCACAACCGACUUUACGUCUGUUGCGCCCGCAGUAAACAGUAGUCCAAGCAACCUUGUGACUUUUACGGAAACUGCUACUAUAAUUUAUUCCAACCCAAGCGAUACUUCUUUAAUUUCAAAUAGCGGCGACGGAAACAAUGUGUCCUUAGAAAACGCUGCAGACAAUAUUAACGUUGUUCCUCCACUGUGGGGUCUGACAUACUCGCCCUACAACACUGACGGCACUUGCUCGGACUUUAACACAGUCGCUGACCAGUUGUUAAAAAUUGCCACAGUCACCAGCAACAUCCGGCUCUAUUCGACAGAUUGCUCGCAGCUGAGCAAUGUCCUGGAGGCUGUUGCUAAAAACAAUAUAGCGCUGGGAGUCCACGUCGGUAUCUGGGUCACUGAUGGAGUGUCGCGCAUGGAGUCGGACCUCGACCAGUUUGUGGUCGCGGCCAAACACUAUGACUCGAGUCUCAUCAAGGGCGUGUCCGUCGGUAACGAGGAAAUAUUCAAGGGCAUGAGCGAGUCCACGCUUAUAGAGUACAUCAACCAGGUGCGCGCUCGUCUGCAGGCGGAGGGCAUGAGUCAUAUCCCUGUGUACACUACCGAAACCGAUGCGCACUUCAGCAAAGCUCUGGUUGCAGUCAGCGACAUAAUAGAAGUCAACCUCCAAGUUAUUUUUGACAGCAGCUUUGCCAGCAUCGAUGCAUCCGUUCAGUCAGCUAUCCAGCGCGCGAACAAUAUUAAAAACAAUAUUGCUGGCAAGAAACCCGUGCGCAUUGGUGAAUGCGGUUGGUCGUCGGCCGGUAAUACUGGCCCGUGCCCGCUUUCAUUGGCGAAUGAAGCGGAGUUUGCGCGAAAAUUCAAGUGUAAGGCGGGGGCGGCCGGGUAUGAGUAUUUUUACUUUGAGGCGAAAAAUGCAAUGUGGAAACAGGGCGCGCCUGUUUCUGAGCAGAAUUUUGGUAUUUUUGACGCGUCGUUCGUUCCAAAGUUUGAUUUCAGCGCUUUGAGUGUUUGCUGA